GAGAUAGAAAGAGAAAAGAACACCAGCACAACCUUGGGCCGUAACACUUACAUAUAGUAACACACACACACACACACCCUGGAAUUCCUGGGAGAAACUUGACUGUCUAUGUGUAAACACGUUAUAAGGUACAGAUCUGUGUGUUGUUAUUAUAAAGUGGACUGAAAUGAACUUCACGAUCCGCACCGCCACCGUUGAGGACUGUAAAGACAUCAGGCGCAUGAUGUCAGAGCUGGCAGAGUAUUUGAACAUUACAGAUCAGAUUACAAUUACACAAAAAGACCUCAAGCAGGAUGGGUUCUCUAAAAACCCAUUAUUCCAUGCGAUAAUCGCUGAGGUUCCAGAACAGCACAAGACCAAAGAUGGUCAUACAAAAAUAGGUUUUUCCAUGUAUUUCUACAUUUAUAGCUGGAAAGGCCAAACUGUAUUCAUGGAGGACUUGUAUGUGAUGCCAGAGUUUAGAGGAAAGGGCAUUGGCAAAGCAUUGAUCAGCAAAGUUGCACAGCUGGGACGGGAUGCUGGCUGCACUCAGCUCAAGUUUACUGUGUUGAACUGGGACAAGAAAGCACUGGACUUCUACCUGAACCAGGAUUCCACAGACCUGACCUCUGACCUGGGUUAUCAUUACAUGUGCUGUCAUGGGGAUGCCUUUCAAAUGAUGGCUGACAAAAGUUCAGCUUAAUUGCAGAUUCAUUCCUUUCAUCCCUAACUAAAAUCCAGAAGGUACUGAUCCUGUACAAAAGUCGUUUCUAUUUAAAAGGAGAUAAUCACAUGAGAAAAAAUCUAAAUUCAUAGCCAAGGUCAUAUGUGUGGUACCCUGGGAAAACCCAGAUGUUGCUAUGACUAAAUUCUGGAAAACAUACAAAAUAUUAAAGCUUUCAAAAAGCAUUGGGUUGUCUGUUAACUGAUUCAACUGUAUAUUAAAAUGUUUACAAAACCAGAAAAUGCAAAAAAUAAAAAUACAAUC